AUGAAGAAGGAGAGGGAUGAUCAGGGGGGAGGCGUAGGGUAUGUACAGCGCACGCCCUUUCUCCGUCCAAAGGCUGCCGUCGGUGACAACGUUGUUAAUACCGCCGGUGGCUAUGUUUUCGCGGUGAGUGACGAGUCGAGAGUGCGUAGAUUCAUCAUUCUUGGAACUGAUGGAGGAACUUAUUACAGUUACGGAGAAAGAGCUUACCAUGAUAAAGAUUUCGACUUAGGUCGUGGAAGUAUCAAUUCUGAAAGAGUGUACAAGUUCAAUUGCCCCGGACGAAAUCCAAAACAAGAUCCUCUCUUGUUGGCACUCGCUUUAUGUGCAAGGCAAGUGUACAACGUUUCCGACUUGGCUGCAAAAGGGUCCGAAUCUGGUGGAGGAGACGCUGAUAAACUGAGGAGGAAAUAUUUGAAUGAACUCCAUAAGUCUGCCUUCAGCAUUGUGAAUGAUGUUUGUCGCAUUCCUACUCAUCUAUUCACCUUCGUCAAAUAUUGCGAAAUGAUUUCUCAGUCCACUCAAGCCGAAGAAGGAAAGAAGUCAACUGGAUGGGGUCGCCUUAUGAGGAGCACUAUUCAGCAAUGGUAUGCGAGCAAAAGCCCUGAGCAACUCGCCAUGCACCUUACCAAGUACCCCCAGCGAGGCGGUUGGUCACACCGUGACCUUUUCCGCCUUGCUCAUCCAAAACUGAAGAAGGAAGCACUCCCGAGAAGCUCUUGGAAUAUGAACAGAGAUCUGAAAACUCGCAAGCGAAAUCUCUCAAAGGAGGACGCAGAGCUCGAACAACCGGCAAGUAAAUACAGCGCUGUUCAAAUGGAUGUUGAGCUCGGGAGCAGGGCGCUCGAUCUCGUAGAAUCGGUUCUGGCUUUGAAACACGAGAAGGAUGAGGCCAAAGUUGUUGAGGCAAUAAAGAAACACCAUUUGGUGCGAGAGCAUCUACCAACAGAGAUGCUCAACUCGGUCGCUGUGUGGCAAGCCCUUCUAGAGAAUAUGCCAAUGACCGCUAUGAUCAGGAACCUUGGCAAAAUGCAGUCAAUCAAUGUUUUGACAGACGCGUAUCGUGAUAUGGUUGUUGCUAAGCUCACCAAUGAAGCGGAAUUAAAGCGGGCAAAGAUCCAUCCAAUCCAGGUAUUGAUGGCGAAAAAGGUGUACGAGAGUGGACACGGAGACAAGGGCAAACUUGAGUGGAAAAAGGACGAGAAGAUUAACCAAGCUUUGGAGGAUGCUUUCUACAAGUCAUUUUUCAACGCCCCGCCCACGAACAAACGAUUUUGCUUUGCUUUUGACGUAUCAGGAAGCAUGACUGCUCGUAUCUCUGGUACAAUGCUGUCUUGCCGAGCUGCGUCUGCUGCUCUUUCACUUAUUAGUCUAAAGAACGAAAAGACAGUGGAGUGUGUUGGGUUCUGCGAUGAACUGGUGGAACUACCGUUCAACGGAGACUGGACGCUCUCCAAGAUCGAAAAUUACAUGAAUGACUUGAGUUUUGGCUCGACCGAUUGUGCUCUACCGAUGUUGUGGGCCAAGGAAAAGAAGAAGGAGUUUGAUGUGUUUGUGGUCUACACUGAUUGCGAAACAUAUUUCGGUGAUGUUCACCCUUACCAAGCACUUCGUGAUUACCGUGAAUCUUCUGGGAUCACAGACGCAAAACUGAUUGUUAUGGGAAUGACCGCAACCAAUUUCACCAUCGCCGAUCCUGAAGAUGCUGGGAUGUUGGACAUUGUUGGAUUUGAUUCAGCUGUUCCCACUUUGCUUUAUGACUUUGUCACUGGAAAACUCUAA